AUUUCUAUUGGAUAAGAUAUUAUAGUUUAAAUUCAAUUCGACCAAUCGGACGCAGUGAGAAAAGUCAUUGGUGUAAUUUCAAAUCAAAACCGUCCACUGAGAGCAGUCGUUGUCAUAGCAACUGUUAUUAGUCUAGUUGUCCGAAGACGUUGAAAAUAGGCCUUGUGAACUUAAGUAUUUUAACAAAAAAAUCGCAGAAGUUAAAAAAUUAAGAUAUAGUAGAUCUUCAAAACGAUGUCUAGUAAUUCCAAUGUUGAAAACCUUUCACCUCAAGUCAUUCGCCAAGUUUCAAAGGAGCUUACCGAAUUAGCCUCAAAUCCACCUGAAGGAAUUAAAAUUCUUCUUAAUGAAGAUGACAUAACUGAUAUACAAGCAUUAUUGGAAGGUCCAGCUGGCACACCUUAUGCUGGAGGAAUGUUUAGAGUGAAACUUGUUUUGGGAAAAGAUUUUCCAUCUGGUCCACCAAAAGGUUACUUUGUUACUAAAAUUUUUCAUCCAAAUGUAGCUAGAAACGGAGAGAUCUGUGUGAAUACAUUGAAGAAAGAUUGGAAACCUGACCUGGGACUGAAACAUAUAUUAUUGACCAUCAAAUGCCUUUUGAUAGUUCCAAAUCCUGAAUCUGCACUAAAUGAAGAAGCUGGAAAGUUAUUGCUUGACCACUAUGACGAUUACUGCAAACGAGCAAAAAUGAUGACUGAAAUUCAUGCUCAACCUCCAAAAUUUCAUAAAGAAGGGCUAGAGAUGGAUCCCUCUUCAUCAAAUGCGGGAAAUUAUCCCCUGAAGGUUGGUGAUGGCCCAAUGGCAAAAAAACAUGCAGGAGACAAAAAUAAAUCUUCCAUAGACAAAAAAAAUCUUAAAAUCAUGAAAGAUAAAAGGAGGACUCUGAAAAGGUUAUGAUUUAAAUUUUUGUUUGAAAUUCAUUAGAAUCAUUGUGUACAACACUACAAGUGGCAUUGAGAAAACGGUGACUUUGGUGCAACAUUGUACACAGGUGUGUCGGUGUGAACAUUUUGCCGUACAGUUAAUUAAAAGAUCUAUUCUUCUCAAUCCUCUUCUCCCUUUGCCUGAACUUAUGGGUUGCCGAGUGCCUUUCUAGUCGAGGAUUUACAGUGGGAAAGCAUAGCAGCCUGCAUGUGUCGUUCAGCUGGAAGUAAACAACGCCAAUUUGAAUUAUUGGUAAUUUUGAACUUCCAAAACAAAGUCAACAGUUGCCAUGGUUCUAUUUUAUGUUGUAUAAAAAGAGUAGAAUACAAUUUUUAACUUUGUGCAUGUUCACUUUAUUUUUGUAAUAGGUUUGUUUUUGUCAUUUUCGUCAUAAACGAAUUUUACAGAUCUUAAACAUUCUUGUCUUCAAAUAACAUUGAUUUCUACACAUUUAAUGAAAUUAUUGAUUACAAAAUUGGCUCUUGUUUUAUCAAGUCCAAGUAAUUGUUGGCGUGCAAUAAUUUAAAUUCUGAAUAAAACUCGUCUUGUAGAUUA